AUGUCAUCUUUCAAAACGCCCCAGGUGAGCCUCGAACACGGCUCGACGUCCAGCCUGCGAACGCUGCCCGAAUUGGUCGACUUCCAUGCCGAAAAUAAUCCCAAGCACCUAUAUGGCCUCCAGGCCGAAGCAAACGAGACUGAAAACGGCCACAGGUUUGUGCCCUUGAACUAUGAGACCCUACAGCGUGCCAUCAUCCGCUGCCAGGCAUGGCUCAUGGAACAGACAAUCAGUCUUCACCCACCCAAGACUGCAGCCGAUGGAAGCGUGAAGAAAUGCGCUCCCGUCGCGGUGCUCAUGGAAAGCCAUGUUGGCUUGGUCAUCUGCGUGCUCGCUUGUAUGGGCAUGGGCGUCCCGGUUGUUCUCCUGUCGGCGCGUCUAAGUGCGCCGUCCGCACGACAUCUCAUCCGCGAAACGGGCGCGAGACUUGCUCUUGUUUCUCCCCGCCUAGUUCCCCUAGCUUCCGAAGCGGUGGGUGCUGAAAUUCAAGAUAGCAAAGAGAUGCCUGAAAAAAAUAUGACGACGAUCUGCUCUGUAUCCGGCUACGAGUCGUUUCUUGCGGAUGAGCCUGCAGAAUGCCAGGAUCUCAACCUUCGCGCGGCCAUUGCGGAUCACUACAUUUGCGAAGAUGAUCGCCAAGUUCUCAUCCUACAUUCUUCAGGAACUUCAGGUCUCCCAAAACCGAUACCUUGCUCCCACAAGUACUUUCUGGGCUACGCCACAUGCCACAACUUCGAAUCAACCGCAGAAGCUCACGGACUGACGGUUUCCACACUACCAUUUUUCCACGUAAUUCCCCAACUGAUUGAAGAGGCAGGGCUUUGGCUUUGUGUCUGUCUGUCUAUCUCUCAACAUCGGCAAGACAUUUUGCGCCCCUGUGCCCUCCACCAUCCCCAACGGUGCCAACUCCCAUCUAUCUUGGAGGAAAUCGAGGGCUUGGCAGAUGGCAGAGGUCAUGAGAUCCUUCGCAAGCUAGAUUUCGUGGGCUUCGGUGGCGGCAGACCCAAAGCCUUGGUCGGUGAGAGACUUGAACGUUCGGGUGUGAAACUUGUCGGCCAGUACGGUGCGACGGAAACCGGUCCGAUGACACCUUUCUUCGUGCCCGGCAAGGAACACGAUUGGCGUCGCCUGCGACUGCGUGCUGAUAUACUCGGGCCGCUUCAAGUCAAGCUUGACCUCAUCGAUGCAGAUGCAGAGAGUGCGCAGGCCGAAUCGGGAGAUGAUCGAUCUUACAGCUACAAACUGAGCAUGAAGCCGUUUGGAUGGCAGGAGCGCUUCGAACUGCAGGAUAUGAUCGUGGCACGCACGGAUUGCGUCUCAGUUGAUGACGUGGGACAACUGGAUUUCGUGAUUGCAGGCCGCAAAGACGACUUGAUUUGUCUUGCCACCGGAGAAAAGGUGAGGCCAACGAUAUUGGAAUCCCUGCUCAGACAGCAUGAAGACGUACGAGACGCCACCGCAUUCGGAGAAGGACAGUUCGAACUCGGUAUCAUUGUAGAGCCUGUCAGACCCGUCAGCCCCGGCGAUAUGGACAAUUUCAAGGCCUCGAUCUGGCCGAUAAUUGAGGAAGCCGGCCGUCAGAUGGAUUCUCAUGCAAGGAUUACUUCGUCAGCCGCCAUUCUCGUUGUCGCUCCUGAAGCGCUUCCGAGAUCAGACAAGGGUACUGUCCUCCGGAGCGCAGUUUCGAGGAAGUUUGCCGAUGAAAUAACGGCAGUCUACCGCGAUCUCGAAGACAGCAUGGUUGCACCACCAAUCGACCUAUCCUCACCUGCAUAUAGUAUCAAAAAUUUCGUUAUCAAGGACGCCAUGGGGCUGCGCAAUGACAGUGAUUGGAAAGACGACGAUGAAUUCUUCGCACGUGGCAUGGACAGCCUUCAAGCGACGAGACUACGAAGGCUGUUGACGGCCUCUUUGCGCGCAACGCAUGCCGCUGCUGAGUCUGAAACAGCCAAUGUCCUCGCGAUCAAAGCGAUUGAAGACGACAUCGUCUACCGCAAUCCUUCUGUAAAUAAAUUGGUCGAGGCACUGAUUCCCGGUUCAAGCAAGACAAACGGCGUCCUUGCCGAGGCAAAGCUUAUUGAACAACUGGUGGAUAAGUACUCCGGUAGAAGCAACCACCGAGAGCAGCGGGAAGCCGUGGUGUUGCUCACGGGAGGCACUGGCAGUCUUGGGUCAUUCUUCGUUGGAUGCCUGCUUGCGGAUGAUAACGUGAGCAGUGUCAUUUGCUUGAACAGACCUGGGAAAGGAAAUCCCACAGAAGCGCAGAAACAUGCAGUGACGUCACGAAACGUUUCUGUCGAAGAACAUACAUGGAAAAAGUUGGAAGUUCACCAGGCAAACACUGCAGAUCGGUGGCUUGGCUUGCCCGAGACCGAGUACUUGGGUCUCGCGACUAGGAUAACCCACAUCGUACACAUUGCAUGGCCCAUGAACUUCAGAAUGGGUCUGCAGUCGUUCGAGGCUUCAUUCUCAAGCUUGCAGAACCUCAUUCAGCUGGCGCGCCAAGCAAGCAUUCACCUCACACAGAAGCCAAAGCUAUUACUGAUAUCUUCCAUCUCCACGGUGGGAAACUAUCCAUCAAUCAACGGACAGGCAUUGAUUCCAGAGGCAACCGUCGAGGAUCAAAGUUGGACGCUAGAGCUCGGUUAUGCCAAAGCCAAGCUUGUCUGCGAGAGACUCAUCGAACGCACGGCGCAAGACCAUCCUGAAAUCGAGGCGGCGGUGAUCAGAGUUGGCCAGAUUGCUGGCUCUAGCACCGGCUACUGGAACGCUGCUGAACACUUCGUGGCCGUUUGUGCUUCGUCUCAGAAGCUGGGGAAAUUCCCGGACCUGCGUGGGACCUUGUCGUGGCUGCCGGUUGAUUUGGCUGCCGAAGCCCUCGCCGAAAUUCUCUUCCAUCAAGAGCCGCCUUGUUCAGUAUACCACCUCGAGAAUCCAGUCCGGCAGAGCUGGGAGGAGAUGGUUAGACUGCUGUCCGAAGAGCUGCGGAUAAGCAGGUCGUCCAUUGUCUCACUCGAAACCUGGCUCAACCUAGUGGAGACUAUGCCGGGACCAGGUAAUCCUGCUGCAGGCCUCGUCCAGUUUCUUCGAGAGGAUUUCGCCAAAAUGUCAUGUGGCUCCGUUGUCCUGGACACCAGCAAUUCUCGCAAGGCGAGUUCGACAAUAGCCAACAUGACGUCUGUGAGGGAAAGCUCAAUUAGUGCAUAUAUUUCCUACUGGAAGAGCAUCAAGCUAUUGUCGUAG